CUUCAUCUCCCUUCCAGAUCCGUUGUCGUCAUUCUCUCGUUCCCCAUUGUUUCUAUUCCUAUUCCUGGCCCGUUUGUGGUUGCCAUCCUCGGCCAUCAUUGUCCCUUUGUCUCCCAACUGUGGUUGUUCCGAGCUGGACUCUGUGAUACCGCCAGUUGCCAAAGGAACAGGUCGCCUUCUAAUCAUCUUCCAUACAACCAGCCCACAAGUUUGCUUUGAUACCCUAGACCAAUCACCUAUUUCACUUGUAUUCUCUUCUAAGGCAGGCCCUUCACAGCAGUCUUGACUGCUUUCCCCUGUUCGAUUUUCACCAAGACACCAUAUUCAAAUUCAGCAAAAAUGCGUACGACAACACUAAUAUUACACGCCCUGUCGCUCAUCGCCGCCGUUGAGGCAGGCCCUCUUCGGAACCGGCCAUGGCGCCGGACGCAGGGAGGCAGGAUACGAAGGCAAGCAGGGCCAGCUUUUGGGGACAACUCGACGGCAACAACCACUGCCGACACUGCUUCUCCUCUGCCAACGGUGGAGGGUUCUGACAUCCCGGGUCUGUCAGGGACGCCGUUGCUGUCAUCGUUGACUUCCAGCAUAUCGAGCAUAGAGAGCUCCACAUUUGCUACCUCGACAUUACUGGCGAGUCCAGUAUCCUCCGACCAAGUGAGCUCACUCUCGGCCAGCUCCGAGGACCCAGACUCGACCGGGACAGGAGGCGUCCCACCCUUUAACUCGCCGACCUCAACAUUCACCAACACCGAGACCGCCGACGCCCUCAGUUCGACCAGCGUGUCUUCAAGCGCAACCGGAUCGCCGCCUCUUCACAGCGCCAUCACCUUUCCCCUUGUGGUAGCGCCCACCGCUCGACCCGUGGUGACCCCCAUCAGCGAUGUUUCGUCAUCCCUUUCGUCGUCGACUUCGGUAGAGAGUUCCAGCCUGUCAGCCACCGAGAGCUCCUCCACCUCGACGGCUUCAACGAUUGAGAGCUCGGUUAUUCCUUCUGUGCCAAUAUUGGGUACCGGGCCAGGCUUGGCCUCGUCAACUUCCGGCUUCUUUUCGAACUCGACGGCCACAUUAACCACUCCCGGCUCUGCCCCGUCCACCGGAUUGCCCGUCACGACUGGCCUUUCUUCUAGCUUUUCCUCUGCCAGGCCCACCGUUACAGGCACGCCUAACUCCAACCUCCCGACGGUUAUUGAGAACCCCCCAGCGACGACCACCACUGUUUCUCCCGAUGUGUACCAGAGCAACAUUGAGGAGGCGCGGGGAUACAACAGCAUUUUUGCCACUCUGACCGAGCAGUCGGCGUGCAAGCUGGGCCAGGCGGCGUGCGUUGCUGGAGGAUUCGCGACCUGCGCCGACGGCGCCUGGAAGAUUGUCCGUUGCCGGGAUGCCAACAGUGCCUGCAUUGCUAUGCCUAUGGACACAACCGACGGCGCAAUUCUAGGCUGCACCGAUAUUGCUGUGGCCAAGCAGGUUCUCGGCACCGUUCCGGACGCUCUGCUGCCGGGAUCGUCGACCGAAUCAUCCUCCACCGGCAGCUCGACCGGCCGCAGGACGAGGACGGCCAUCGUCACUGUCACCAGUGGUAUCGGGACAGUCACCGUGACAGUCGACCCCACCCCGACCUCAGAAUCUUCGAUUCUCUCUUCCACCUCCCCUUCGCUGUCGCCGUCCUCCUCAGAAAUCACCUCAACAGUCUCAGAGGUCAGCUCGACGGUAGGCCCGACAACCACCAGCUCAGAAACGAGCUUCGAAACUCGAUCUCCCUCCGAAUCUCCCUCAGAAUCCCCCUCUGAGUCGCCCUCCGAAACACUCGUCAUUAGGCCCAUCACCCGCACCGCCCUCAUUACCAUGCCCACCGGCACAGCAACUCUCACCCUGACAAUCGACCCGGGCGCCACCCCCCCAGCCUCGCCGUCCCAGUCGUCAUCCGAGUCUGAGUCUGAGUCCGCCGAGCCCACCGACACGCCGACUUCGAAAGAAUUCCCCUUCCUCCCCCCCGGCACCGCCACCAUCCCCCCCCUCAUCUUCACGCCGGUGCUGCCCCGCCCCACCACGCUCUCGACGUCGACCACGACCCAGGAGACCCUCCGCGUCAUCCCCAUCAUGGACACCACCACCACCGCCAUUGCCACCCCCACCACUCUCACCACCUCCACCAUCAGCAGCAGCAGUAUCAGCACUAGCAGCAGCAGCAGCAGCACAACUGAGGACGAAACCACGGCCACUGAAACGGCCACUGAAAGCGCGACCGCGACGACGUCGCCCGGCCUGGCCAACGGCGCGGCCGACGGCACGGGGUCGGUGACCGUGACGCAGCAAGUGACGGUGACGGAGAAGGAGACGAUCAAGGAGACGGUGACUGCCACUGUGACCAUGGGGAAUGUGGUGAUUGUUUGAGGGGGUUCUCUCUCGUGUGCGUGUUUACUCUGAUUUGUUCUGUUUUAUGGGGAAGGGGAUGGAGCUUAAAAAAUGGACUGUGGUGUGAGAAGAUUAUGCCUCGGCCGA